ACCUCUCUCUGUCCUGCACGGUAGUUAUAAGAGACCUCUCCUCCUCCUCUUCUCCUCUCUUCUCUCCGCUCCACCCACUCCUGCUCUGCCUCUGCUCCUGUAUUGUUCGAUCUGUGUGCUGCGCGGCCUUGGGGGGGAUUUGAAACGGAGGAGGAGAAGAUCUGCGGGAAAUUGAGGGGUGGGAGGGAGGCGGCGGGGAGCGGCGGCGGCGAGGGAUGGAUGGGCAUGGAGGGGGAGGAGGCGGCGGCGGCGGCGGUGGUGGUGGGGGGAAGCUGACGCGGACGCCCUCGUCGCUGCUGCGCUCGCCGACGGUGCGGAACUGCGCGUCGUUCCAGGCGGUCGUGGUCGAGGACCCGGAGCCGGACGACAAGAAGGAGCAGGCGCAGGCCAAGGCCCCGCCGCACCUGCACCCGCACCUCCUCCUCCGCGUCGCCGCCGGCCCGGCCCACCCUCUCCUCCUCCUCGUGCUCCCACUCGCCGUCCUCCUGGUGCUUCUCCUGCUCCGCGACGACCACCACCUCGUCCUCCUCGCGGCCGCCGCCACCGCCGCGCUCGCUGCCGCGGCUGGGGCCGCGCGGCUCCUCCGCGGGCGCCUGCGGCUGCGCCGCUCCCCGGGGUCCGGGUCGGUGCAGUGGUUCAUUGGCGACGAGGAAGACAAGCCGCACAAGCGGGACAAGGGGAAGGGCGGCGCUCACGGCCGCGUCGUGCGUGAGGGCGUCGAGUUCUACAGCAAUGGGGACUGCUACGAGGGGGAGUUCCACAAGGGCCGCUGCAACGGCAGUGGCGUCUACAACUUCUUCGGCAAGGGCAAGUACGAAGGGGACUGGGUCGACGGCAAGUACGACGGCUACGGCAUCGAGAGCUGGGCGCGCGGCAGCCGGUACCGCGGCCAGUACCGCCAGGGCCUCCGCCAUGGCCACGGCGUUUACCGCUUCUACAGCGGUGACUGCUACGCCGGCGAGUGGGCCGGCGGCCAGAGCCACGGCAUCGGCGCGCAGACCUGCUCCGACGGAAGCUCCUACAUUGGAGAGUUCAAGUGCGGUGUCAAACACGGGCUCGGCAGCUACCAUUUCAGAAACGGUGAUCGGUAUGCUGGGGAGUACUUUGGGGACAAGAUCCAUGGUUUUGGUGUCUACAGCUUUGCCAAUGGCCACUGCUACGAAGGCUCCUGGCACGAAGGCAAGAAGCAAGGAUUUGGGAUGUACACAUUUCGGAACGGCGACAAGCGAUCGGGGGAUUGGGAUUCCGGGACUCUGAAGAGCCCCCUUAACCCGACCGAUCCUUCUGUUCAGCGUGCCGUGCAGGCGGCGCAACAAGCUGCGGAGAACGCGUUUCGCCUGCCGAGAGUAGACGAGCAGGUUCACAAGGCGGUCAUGGCUGCUAAUAGGGCAGCCACGGCUGCUCGGGUAGCGGCGAUCAAGGCAGUCCAGAACAGGAUGGAUGGGAAAUUCUGCGAUACCUAUGUGUGAGUGAGUGAGUGUGUGUGUUGGAGAAACCAUGGCUUUCCUUCCUUCUAACUGUACAUUAGGGUAGCGAAGGACAAAUAACUAAUCGGCGAGGUUCAGUUCAGUUCAGACGACCGGAGCGAGCACAACCGCUCGCACCGAGUCAGAGAGGUCAGCAACGAAUGGGAGCCGCCGGGAGAGCGGAGCUGACAUUUUUGUUUCGCAAAACAGCUCAGAAUCUGCAAUAUCGCAAUCGCGAUUGGCGGUCCCCUUUUUCCCCUUCCCCCUUUCUUGCAAGCUGUAAAUUGUACAUAGAUCCAGGUGUAUCAAUGCAAGAGCGAGCCUUUUUUUUUUUCC